UAUUCUUUCCUUGUGUUGCUCAGAUCUCCUGUGAGUCGGUUACAGGCUGGGGCCCCUGAUUUCUCUGCACAGUCUGCGAGUGGAACAGGUUUGAAAUCUCCCCCUGGCAGCCAUGUCCCAUGGUGGACAAGACCCUGCCCAACCCAUCAAGACUCAACCUCAGUGGCAAAGAACACCUGGGACCUCCCACCAGGGCCAGUAUUCCAGGCCAUACCCUGUUGUACCCCCUGGAAUUGAACCCCUUGUAGAGGUGGAUAACGUUUUGUACCGGAAACAAGUUUUACAGACUUCAGAUGGGCAAACGCUUUAUUCUGUACAAAAGGAGUCAGAGUGCUGCGGCAUCCCCCUGAUACUCAAGUUAACAGACCCCUAUCAACGGGCAGUCCUGCAUGCGCAUUUAUUCUCUGAAAGUGGGUGCUGCAACCCCUACACGGAGCUGCAGGUUGAAGCCCCACCGGGGUACCCCAUUGGAUUUAUAAUGUUCAAAGAUUCCAGACGUGGCCUGACAUUCUCCAUCCAUGAUGAACAACGGGAGCUCAUAUUCACAUCUCAGUUCAAAUCUCAUUCCUUCCUAAAGAAACCCAUUGAGAUCUGCAGUGUACAAGGGAAUCAUCCCGUGGGCCAGAUAUCAAAGACCAAAGGGAAACCCUCAAAAAUUCUCAUUCAGUUUCCCAAGGACCUUGAGGUUAAAAUGAAAGCGGUGAUCCUGGCCACCUACCUGUAUAUGAAAUAUCGUGUGGAUGAGAUUAACAGUCAAGCUGCUGCAGCGGACGGCUAGAACUGAGGUGCUGGUUAGGCCAGUGCUCAUAAACUUCUGCUAUGGGGGGCUUGGGAGAAUGGAGGGUCCUCACGCUUUCCAACUUUCCUCGUGAAAUUGAGUUCAGUGACUCCAUCAUAUUCCAGUCAGGAGUUCUCCAUCCCUGUUCAUAACUCAGUAAUCCAGUGUAAUAUUUGCUGUAAAUUCUUCAAGGUCACAUUUAUGGACUAAUUCAAUAAAUUUCUUUAUUUUUGGUA